UAUCUCUAUCGAGAUUUGGUCAGGAUUAACUUCAGACAUGCUUAUGACUCAUUGCCUGUUGUCUAGAACUAAGCUUCUAGCUCGUGUUAACUGACCGGAUCGCUGCUUGAUUCCAUCGUCAAUAUCCUUCUCAUGCAAGCUUCACUAACCCCACCAUCUCCUUUAUUCCCUAUAUUUCCCGUCGGGCUACAAAUCUUUAUAAUCAAAACCUGUUACAAUUGUUGUUUGUAGUGAUGAUGAUGCGGCCGACCUACUUUAAUAAGUAAAAAAUUUCUUACAAAGAUGCUUCCUAUUUCUUGUUCAAGAUUCAGCACGGCAAAAACAAAGGCUAUGGUGGGGAUAAACCUGACCUUACACCCUUUUCCUGGUAACAGAAACCACCGAGGGUCUCGUUUUUAGGACGAUCUCAUUAUAUAUUUACAUACAUGCUGAUAUAUAUAUACAUGAAAAGGAUGGCUAGGCGUUAUGAGAGGGGAGGUAAUUAUUAAACAUUAGUAUGCAACAUAAAACUGAUAUCUGUAUACAGUUAAUAUGUGUCCCUAGUUAACUCCCCUUAUUAGCUUUCUUCUGUUUACUGAAGUUAGAAACAUCCCAGAUAUUAUGUCCUUAUAUUAUCUGAGAUCCCAGGGGAACUUCAUUCAAAUUACAAAUGUAGAAAACUACUUUAUCUUCUUAUAUAUCGGCUAAAUUAAGAUAAAAACUGCUUCAUCUAUUCACACCUAUCUGCUGGCUUCAAUUGCCAUUCAUGUUCUUGCUUAAUUGCCAAGGGAAACUGGUUUGUUGUCUGAAUGUCUCAGACGUACAGAAUCAUUGACUUUUGAGAAAGUAAAUUGCUGUAGCAAGACUGUUUGUCUCCCCCUGCAUCCUGCAGCACUAUGUUACCUGUUAACUACAUGGCGUUUAUUGUCUGACUCCUGCCUUUAUAUUGACUGUCUUUAUUGCAACAAGAACAUUUUCACAUUGCAACGAUGGAGUAUAGUGGGGACAGUCAAGAUGAGAGUCUGUUGGAUGUGAAACCAUUCCAUCAGGACAUUACUGAUGAGACAUUUUCUGAGGAGAAUAACACCAGACAGACACAUUCAGAUGUGAAACCAUUCAACUGUGACACAAAAAGUCAGUCUGUUUCUCACAAUAGCCAGUUGUCUACUGGAAAAGAAAUUCACUCAGAAGAAGAAGAGUCCAACCAUGAAAAUUUGGGUGAGUAUAAAGGAGUCCAGUUGACCGUGAGCAACAAACAGAGUCAGUCAAAGGGAAGUACCAACCAUUGCGAAUUGUGUGGGAAAACAUUUUCUCUUAAAAGUGAUAUCACUCAACAUAAAUGUCUAAAUACAAAAGUGAAAAUUCAUCAGUGUAAAGUUUGUGAGAAAACUUUCUCUCAUCGCAGUGCUUUAUCCAUUCACAGACGGAUUCACACAGGGGAGAGACCCUUUGUCUGUGAGUUUUGUGGUAAAGCAUUCUCUCAGAGUGCUCAUUUGACUAAGCACCUCCGUGUCCAUGCAGCAGAGAGACCUUAUACCUGUGACAUUUGUAACGAAUCUUUUUCACUAAAUUCUGAUCUGUCUCUCCACAAAGCAAGCCACACUGAAGAGAAACCAUUUCACUGUGAAAUGUGCGAUAAGUCUUUCUCUCUAAAACGGUCUUACCUCCGCCAUAAGCAUAAUCAUGAUAAAGAGAAGGAGUUUACUUGUGAUAUUUGUAACAAGACAUUUGCCUGGAGCAGUCAGUUGGCUGCUCACAAACGCAUACACACAGGUGAGCGGCCUUACAACUGUGACGUGUGUGGCAAAACAUUCUCUCAUAGCAGUUCUUUAGCCACUCACCAGAUGAUUCAUACUGGAGUCAAACCAUAUGCCUGUGACAUUUGUGGUAAGAAAUUCUCAAAAAAUACAUAUUUAUCUCGUCACAGUCGCAUUCAUACAGGUGAGAAACCUUACAACUGUGACAUUUGUGGCAAAACCUUUUCACAAAACGGGUCCCUAACAACCCACAAAUUAACACACACUGGCGAAAAACCAUUUCGUUGCGAAAUUUGUGGCAAAGGGUUCUUUCGAAACAGCUAUUUAUCUACACAUGUGCGUACACACACAGGAGAGAAACCGUACCACUGUGACAUCUGUGGCAAAGCUUUCUCCCGAAAGGGUGGUUUAUCUACCCACCAAGUGACUCACUCUUCAGAGAAGCCAUACGUCUGUGAGUUUUGUGGUAAUGCUUUCUCAAACAUUUACAAUUUGAUUAGACACAAACUGACCCAUACUGGUAUAAAGCCUUAUCGUUGUGAGAUCUGUGGCAAAGGUUUCUAUCGAAAUAAUCAUUUAUCUAUUCAUGUACGCAUCCAUACCGGGGAGCGGCCCUAUGCUUGUGAAAUCUGUGGUAAAACAUUCUCAGACAAAAGUUCAUUUCGGGGCCACAAACUAACACAUUCUACUGAAAAACCAUUCUCCUGUGAUGUAUGUGGCAAAGCUUUUUCUCAAAAUCGUGUUCUAAUUUGCCAUAAACGUAUUCACACAGGGGAGAAGCCUUACCAUUGCGAUAUAUGUGGGAAAACGUUUGCUCAAAACAGUAUGUUGAAGUGUCAUAGGCGGACCCAUACAGGUGAGAAAGCAUUUGAGUGUGAUUUUUGUGGUAGGAAAUUUGCACAGAGAAAUGCAUUAGUUUAUCAUAAACGUAUGCAUACUGGUGAAAAACCAUACCAUUGUGACAUUUGCGGUAAAAGUUUUGCACGAAGUGGUGCUUUGACUACUCAUCAGAUUACUCACAGUGGAGUUAAGCCAUAUGUGUGUGACCUUUGUGGCAAAGCAUUUGCACGUUAUGACACCUUAGCUCGGCACAUACUGACUCACACAGAGAGAGCACCAUAUUAUUGCGACGUCUGUGGUAAGUCCUUUACCCAGAAUAGCAAUUUAUCUCGCCACAAACAGACUCACACGAAGAACCAGUCAUUAGCUAAUCAGUCAGCAGCUCACCAGCAAGUAACUAACCAGCCAGUAGAUAACCAGCUGUUGGAUAACCAAUCACCAGCUAACCAGCCAUCGGUUGAUCAAGAAUUAACUAACCAGCUGUCAGAUAACCGAGCAUUAACUACUGUAAAGAUUGAGACAAAUAAUAGUGAGGAAACUGUACAGUAAUCACGGAUGUUGUUUGAGGAACUACUGGUGAUAUUGGUGGUAAACCAUCCUUUUGGAGUCCUGUUGGAACAAUUUACCGUUUCAUGUUCUGUGAAAUUUUACUAAGCUGUUGUUAAUGCAAUCUUCCCAAGCUACAAUCUAGUUCACUGACAAAGGAAGAAUAUUGUUUGGAAAUAUGCAUUUCCAUGGAAUCGAUCUUUUGAUGAAGAUUUAGAUCUACUUUUUAAUUUAUUGAUAUAACAGGAGAAAUCCUAUGCCAAUGAAAUUUGUAGUAAAGCUCUCGAGAAUUUUACAAAUUUUACAAUGAAGAGUGACCAAACCAAAGUAAAAUUUUUGGUAAAAUAAAUUUAUUGAUAUAUGCUCAUAAAAUUGUCUAAAAAAAAUUGAUAUGCUAUUAGCCACAAAUUGACUGAUAUAUUUAUUAGAAAGUGAACAAAUGUUGAAGUCUUUAUCUAAAAAAAAUUAUACCUUAUUUAAUUCACAUACCUGUGGAAUUAUAAUUGGAAAAGUUACAGAAAUUGAAUGACAGUUUUCUUAUGAAUGUUAACCUGCCAAGUCCUAAGGUUUAUGGCCCUAUAAGGUGAUUCAGUAAGAUACCAAUUUCAAACUAGUGGCCCAGGUUUUCACUUAUUGAUUCUGUGUCACAUUCUACGAUCCAAGAUGACUUGGUACCAUAACCACCACCACCACUACUUCUACCUCUAAUAAUGAACAAUGCACAGUAAAUUCAGAUAAGACCUUGUUGUUAGGUCUGAAUUGUCUUUCUCUCUCAUAUAAACAUAAAGUUGCUUUAUUUAACCUCAGACCUAUAAUCAAAGACAUUCUUGCCAUGACCAGCUUGACUUUGCAAACCUAGUUUACAUCAGAGGUGUGAAUACAUUGUGAUAUGGCAUUCAUCUGUUUUAAAAAAUGGCAAAGGUGGGAUUUGAAAAAGAUUUGGCUGCUAUUUAAGUCAGAUGAUCGUGUAGGGUAUCCUUCAGUGGUUUUUGGAUUGUGAUAGUCAUUUCUGUAAAUAGUCAAAGACAAGGAGACCUGUUUCUUUGCCGUCUCUGUGUCCUCCGCUUCCUUCCCUUGACUGCUCCAGUCUGCUUGAAGGAAGCUGUUGUUGUGAUUCUGUGGAAGUGGCAUUUGUGUUGUUAUGCAAGUAGUGUUUGUACCUUGCUUUGGAGGUGUGUUUUUAAUUUUCUACUGUUAAUGAUUUUCUGUUGUUGGCCUACAGCUUGCCUCAUUAUAUUUGAUAGUCAAUGAGAUACUAAUGUUUGCAUAUUUCUGUUGAAACUAUCACCAGGAGAUGAAUUACAUUAACAUAGCUUCACUAAAACUUGAGAGGGGAUUUCAGUACCAAAUGAACCUCUUGUAAUGAAUCUCACAUAUUGUUUGAUGAAUAUAGGUAUAAGUCUGUAGUGAAAAAGUUUAUUAAUGAGUUUGGAUAUAUUGCUUAGUAAAUAAAGUGAAAGUUAGAGUAGUGGUUCUGAAACUGGUAACUGCCAGCUUCCCCUCCUUCCUAAAAUAUUAGUUAAAUUUGUUUAUCCUCUCAAGUCUGUAAAGCAUCUUAAUUUUAUAAAACAUGGCUAUUUGUCUGUCUUCUGUCUUGUUUUCAAUCGUCACAGUCCCUGAUUUAUGAGAAUCACUGACUUAGUGGCAGACAGUUUAGUAACCAGUCUGACAUGGUGUAAUAAAUAAAAUACAAGUGUACGUUAAUGGUGGACAGUUUAGUGACAAGCUGGUUGUUUGUGAUUUAUUGAGGAAUUGGUCAGAAAAUGGAAGCUUAGUUUUGUCUUCUUUAGUUCUGAAAGUUGGUUAGUUUUCCAUUAAUAGUCUACUAUCAGGAUGGUGUCUGAGGGAGGAAUGUAAAUGACUCCAGCUGUAGUUUGUUUCCGAUUUCAAAUUCCAUGGAAAGAAUGUAACAGUUUUGUCAUUUAACCAUGGUCAUAAGGAGCUGUACAUAAAUUCAUUGCUAGUAAUAGAGGUGUUAGUUCUAUAUUAUUUUAUCCUUUAGCAUUCAGAUUACUUUAUCAAAUGUUAUUCUUAUUUAUUUACAUUGUUUUGAAUUAUGAAUUAUCUUGUAGCUUUAAGAUCUUGAAUGAUGUGAUUGUUUACUUUUAGGGUACAUAUGAGAAACUAGAUCUGGUUGGUUUGAACUUAAAACUGGUUGACUAUUUGAGCUGGAUAUGGCCAAUUUAAAUGCUAAAGGGUUGAAGAAAACAGCAUUUGGACUUGAAUCAGUAAUUAAUAGUUUCCUUUCACUGGCAUUGAGACAUGAGCAUGAAAUUUAAGUGAAGGGAAUAAGUUGUUGGAAUUUAAAGAUUUAUUAUCAAAGUCCAUUCUCCAAUGGAAUUUGGGGAAUUGGGGCUGCUGUUUCAGGAGAUAAAUGUGCAACUGUGUUUAUUAAAAUGUAAAAUUUCCUCGACAGGGCUGGGGCCAACUGUCUGAUUUAGAAUACUCAUAUUUAGGUACCAUACAAAACAUUUGUACCUCAGUUUUGGCAACUCAUUGAUAAAACAACAAAUGCAUUUUUUCAUACUGUUUAAAUAUAAUUCGUAUAUUAUAUAAAUGUUGGCUCAGAAUUGUCAAUUCCUGAUAUUAAUAACUUUGUGAUUGUUUUAAAUAUUACCAUGGAGGGUUCCUCGUUUUGUACUCUUAAGCAAGACAGACAACUCUUUUUGCUUCAGUUUUGUCAUGCUUAAUGCAAUAAUGAAAAAGAUAUUAGCUUUUUUGUUGUUUGUCUUUAGUCAAGAGAGAAGGCAGUGCCCAUGACCCUUUAACAGAGCCUCAAAAACUGGCAGGAGGGAGGAUGGUAUCCUCAAAACAGAGAUCUGGUUUGAAUACAUGUAAUAGAGUGGAUUAUAUCAAAAAUAGUCAAGCUGUCAGAUGGUGUUGAAUCAGGCAAUAGAUUAAGUCUGCUACCAAAGUGAUCUCCAUCAGGUCUGUACGAGAGACAAUUCUGGGCAUGAUUUGGUCCUGUAUAAACCUCUUGCUUCAGUUUUGUCAACUAAGAGAAGACUCAUUGAAAUCUUAUUUCACAGUCGGUAGCAGGAAAGCUGGUACUCAAUAGUAACUGUUAGCGCUAUUGCUUCUAUUAAAAGAAAAUAAGACAGGUAUACAUGCUAGCAUAGAGAUGUUUGGAUCCAUAUAAGUGUCUAUAUUUAUAUAUAAUGUUUAUUAUGUCUAUUACCUGAUGAUCUGGAACAUGAAACUCAAAUUAGUUGUAAUGAAGAUUCAGCUGUGAAUAAAUAUAUUGAUCUACACUUUGUGCAUGGGUACAUUUUUCUUAUGUUUGUAUGCACUAAUUCCCAUUCAUUUUUCUACUAUAUAUAUGUGUAUGUAUAUGAGAGAGAAAGUAUAACUUUAAAUUGCAGCUUAGGUGCACUAACUGUAGGGCCUGUAGCUUCUACCUCAUCACUGGUGCUUUGCUGUAUCUCUGACCAAGGCACCUAACUGUCAAAGGCCCAGUUCACCUAGUUGUAUAUAAGAACCAUGUGGAGGUACUGCUUAUUACUGAAUUCUGAGGAGACUGUUGUGGUUUAUAUAUAUAUAUCCCCUUGAAUCGCAAUGUGAAGAUGAAUCCUUUGAUAUUGCCCUUAUAUCGACAAUCCUGCGGGGUUACAGUGACAUUACUGCUCUCUUCAGAAAUAUUCUUGUGUAAAUAAGCAUAUCUCUAAAAUAGAUACUCUUUUUUAUUUAUUUUUUUGUGGCGGUGGUGGUGGAUCCUUUAGCAUUUAUUACAUGUGUGUCAUAGCAAUGUUUUGGUGAUGUUACGUGUGUUACAAGUGUCACAGCAAUGUUACAUGAAUGACACAAUGUUGCAUGUGUGUGUGUGUAUGUAGACAUUGACACAGAGUCAGUGUUUUUAUUAAAUAAAGUCUGAUCCUCCAAGUCAAAUUGUUUCUUG